CAUCAACCGACCCUCCGUUUACUUCACAUUUCAUACAAACCUUCACAUUUACGAACUAACGACAACGAUUCCAAACGAACAAUGUCUCUACCAGCAGCACCGAAGGAUACGACCACCAGCCCAGCCAAAGGCGCCGUUUUUGAUCCUGUGAAUAAGGAGUUGAAAGAUAAGGAUGUCGAUAGGAAGCUAUCUCUAUACACAACCCUCCUCGCCUUACGUUCAUCCAAACUUCCCACCAACGCUCAACUCGACGCCUACCUCAAGUACUGGAAAGAUCUCCAAGCGACGUCUGCGGAUCCUAAAGCUAGUCAGUUGAGCAAAGACGGUCAGAAGCUCGUGCGAGAUGUACAAGAUAUUUUGGAAACUCUCCGAGUCCUUGUAGCGGAGAAGAACCACGAUGAAUUGAUUCAGGAGUUUGUGUGGGGGACUCGAUCACUCAGCGACGACGUGUCAAGCGCAGCUGAUACAACUACGACUACGACUACGAACGGAGCGAAGGUUCCUGUCACAAAGGAUAAAGCCAGGCAGGACGGACAGACGGCGGUUCAGCAUCUACGAACCCUUUUGACUUUGCUCUUUACCAAUUCGGAAGCACGAAAGCUUGUUUCUGAUUUUGGUAUGGUCGGAAGAGAUUUACUCAGUAAGACGUUGGUCAAGGCAGCUACAAACAUCGCGCCGAACGAAGAGAAGUUGAAGGGUGUUGACGAGCCUCAUCGCGGAGAGCAGCAGUUUAUCCCGAAGGAACAGUUGGAGAAGGAGAAGGAGGAUGCUAAGCAGAAGCUUGAAGCUGCUAGGAGGACGGGCGAGGAGAAAAAGGAACAAGCCGCGAAUGCGACAUUGGACGAAGUCAACAAGGCCGAACAGCAAGCUGAUGCGGCACGUGAGAAUGAUGAAACGAUUCCCAAGUCCACGUCUGGAGAGAUGACGACACAGACUAAGAAGAAAGGUUUGAUGGAGCGAAUGGUCGGUGGUGUCAAGGAGAGUAUUCCAGGCGAACAUCAGGAUAAAGCCAAAGGCCAUCUCAACCGUGGUAGAGAGUUCUUGACCGAAGAGUAUUUCCCUGAGGACAGGAGAGAUCAGUGGAUUUGGAGAGUGAAGAAGGUCAUCAUCGAAUGUCAACAACACCCCGAGUACCAACAAUCCCUCGAAUGGAUUAUCGGGUUUGUCAAAGAGUAUGCGACUCAUGGAAGGACGAUGGGAUCUCAACACGUCGAGACUUCCAAGAAUGCUGCUCCUUCUUCGAUCUUUACGGCUCUUCAACAGCUUAAAAUCAUCGCUGAACGGUUCGCGUCGAACAAAUCGUUUGAUAAGCUUAUUCUUGAUCCUGUGGGCGCGAUGAUUGACGAUGGGAAGCGGGAUCCGGAGCUGGAACGCUGGUGGAAGGAGAUUGCGGAUUAUAUGGAGAAAUGCGUCAAGGAGCCUGGGUAUAUUAUGGAACCGUCGUGUGAGAGCCGAGCGAGGGAGUUGCAAGAUCAGGGACGAGUCUUCUUUGGUGACGAACGGCCUGGGGAGGCGAAGGAUGUGAUUGAAGGCGGGGUGGAGGGGCAGUUGGUGCAAACUGAGGAAGCGAGGGGGAAGGGAAAGUACAGGGAGCAUUUGGAUCAUGUUAUCGAUGGAGUAAUGGAGUUUGUGAAGGGGGUUGGAGAGGAUAAGGGAAAUAAGAGGCUUGGAACGGAUGUUCAACGGUUGACGAAGGAUUUGUUGUUUGACGGGGAUAAUUUGGCGUUCAAGAAGCAGCUUUGGAAUGAUAUUAGGGGAGUUAUUCUUCCGGCAAUGAUCAAUGAAUUCGGAUACAUCCCUAUCCCCCGAAUCGAAUAUACCGACGAGGCGGCUGACCUCGUCGUUGAGAACCUUACUCUCUCUGGACGUAACCUGUUCCCCAACGUUAUUGAAGUCGAGAUGAAAAAUUGGCUGAGGUGGGAGACCUUCGACAAGCAGGACAAGUCGAAAGAUCCUCAUCAUUCCAAGGAUAAUUCGCAUCACAAGUUCCACCUCCAUUUGACGCAGAUCCAAGCGGAUAUGAGAGAUGUAUUGUUCUACUUCAACAAGAAGGGUGGGGCGAUCAAGAUCAAGGAUUCUGGUGUUGCCGAUUUGGUGCUGGGAGGAGAGGGGAUGAGUGUUGACGUUCAACUCCAGAAUUCGAAGGAUCCUGGGCGACUCUUUGAUAUUCAAAAGGUGGCUGUGAAGAUUGAAGGAUCGUUGAAGGUGUCUAUCCGGGAUACGAAGCACGACAUGUUGUACAAGACUCUUAAGCCGCUUAUGAUGGGGCUCGUGAAAAAGCAGAUUCAGAAGGCUGCGGAGGGGGGUAUCAAGAGUGGCCUUGAGUGGGUUUCAGAAGAACUUAUGGCGGUCAAGGACCGUAUGGAGGAAGCGGCGAAGAGGGCUGCUUCUGAUCCUGAAAGUGCUGGCGAGGAAGUUGGAAGAUUCAAGGCAUUGCAGGAGGCGUUCAAACGCUCGCCCUCGCUCUCUUCCAGAGAUGCGUCCGUCAGCACAUCCCAUUCGCAAUUCAAGGUUGUUUCCAACAAGAGAAACUCGAUUUUGGGUGAUGCUGCCCAUGCUGGUGGGUGGGUGUCGAAGGUUGCGGAGAAGGAAAAGUUGAUUGAGAAGUCGGACAGUGGAGGGGGGACAUGGAAGAGCGAGGUGUUUGAUCUGGAGGCGAAUACGAGGGCGUGAAUGUUUUAAUUUGUUUCUCCCCUUUUAUUUUGUUGUUUUUACACGUGGACAGCUUUCCCCAUUCCCCCUCCCCGUCGCCUUCGUUCCUUUUUGUGUAGUUCUAUGGAAGUUCCGCAUAGUAAAUAUGUAAUUACUCAGUUUUACUUUCGUUCUCGCGUAAUAUCGUUACUUUCAAUACCAC